AUGCUCAAAGCUCAAGUCUUCGGCAUUGCCCUCGCAAUCCUACAAUCAGCCAAGGCGUGGCAGAUACCCGCAGAAUACGCCUUGACUCCGUCAUCCAAUGGCCGAUUUCUGCAACAAGCCAACGGAGACCCGUUCUUCUGGCAGGCAGACACAGCAUGGCUACUUUUCCACAGACUCAAUUACAGCGAGGCAGACGCCUUUCUGUCAGACCGUUCGGAAAAGGGCUUCAACAUGGUCUUAGCCGUGGCCUUCACCCAGGCGGGGAUUGACAACCCCAAUCGAAACGGCGACCUGCCUUUUAUAGAUGAAGACGUGACGGAUCCCAAUGAGCCUUACUGGGAGCAUGUCGACUCUGUUGUCAAGCUGGCAUGGACCAAGGGAAUACGGAUCUGCAUGGUUUCCUCGUGGGGGAAAUUCGUGCAUGACAGCGACAACAACGGGGACGUCUUGAAUUCCACCACUGCACAUCCAUUCGGGAAAUUCCUCGGCCAGCGAUAUCCCUACCUCCCCAAAACACUCGUUGGCGAUACAAACCCCUACUGGCAAAACAAAACAGCCGUAAAAGCAGACUAUGCCUACGGCGGCGUACUACCGCCUUACGAAGUGACAGAUUGGUCACCCGUCUACGACGAUCUGGCGAACGGGAUUGUAGCCGGCGAACGACAAGCUAUUAAAGCCUCUUCGGGACAUAAAUCCAACACGACAUGGUGGCCACUAAUGACAAUCCACCCAACAAAUCAAUGGUUCACAGGCGGACCACUGGCUUUGGCGCACGACUUCUUUGGAGAUCGCGAGUGGCUUACUCUGGACGCAAGCCAGUCCGGGCACGCAGACUACCCGCCCAACCCGCCAAUCCCCUGGUGGAACUGUCGACGGGGGUGGGAGCCCGUUGAGAUCAUGUAUGCGGCGGGCUCAAAGGACGGGAAUAAGAUCCGGCCAGUUAUUGACAAUGAGCCGCAUUAUGAGAAUAGAUAUAAUAACGGGAAGGAUACCAAUGCGGUUUGGAAUGCGAGUGAUGUCCGGGUUGGCAGUUGGCAGGCUGUGAGUACCCCCCUUCUUCCGUUGGGUGUACCUCUUAUUGCUGGUAUAGAAAUAUGCUUACUGGAACAGGUCUUCUCAGGCGCAGCAGGUCUUACGUACGGCGCAAACGCCAUCCAGCAGUGCAUUAUCCCAGGCCUUUUCGACUCAGACGGGAGCGGACCGAGCGACGACUGGAGCACAGACCUAGAGCUGCCAGGAUCAGGCCAGAUGCAAUUUAUUCAAAAGGCAGUGCUGGAUAGAGGUAACGGAACUGCGUAUUUCCAUCGCGUGCCGGCGCAGGACAUCAUUGUAGGCGAUGCGGGCGUUAAUGAUGCAAGAGUCACAGCGACGAGGGAUCGUGGUGGGAACUGGAUCAUGGUGUAUACGCCUACGGGUGAGCCAUUCCAGAUCGACACUCAGAGUGUAAAGUCUUGCAGUGUGCGUGCGAGUUGGUAUAGCCCAUUGAGUGGGAGGUAUACUAGAUUUGAUUAUACUCAGUGCGGGGAUAGCGCGGGGUCUGCUGAGAGUAGGACGUUUACACCACCUGCAGGAGAUGGACAUUCGGAUUGGGCGUUGGUUUUGGAAGUGGUCAAUUGA